AUGACAUCCACAAUGGCCCAACGCCUCUCCGGCAAGACCAUUGUAAUAACCGGUGCCUCGUCGGGCAUCGGCCGCAGCACCGCGCUCGAAUUCGCACGCACAUCGCCCCAGAACCUCAAGAUCGUCAUCACGGCGCGGCGCAUCGAUGCCUUGCAGGAUGUUGCGGCAACUAUUAAGAGCGAGGUGGGUGAGGGUGUGCAGGUGCUGCCGGUAAAGCUCGACGUGAGCAACGCGGACGAGGUGCGCGGCUUCGUGGAGGGUUUGCCCGAGGGCUGGAGGGAUGUGGAUGUGUUGAUCAAUAACGCAGGGAUGGUCAAAGGCGUUGCGCAGGCCCCUGAGAUCGCAGAGGAUGAUCUGAACACCAUGCUUGCCACCAAUGUUACCGGGCUCAUUAAUAUGACGCAGGCCAUUAUGAAGAUAUACAAGGCGCGCCCUGAUGGUGGCCGUGGUGAUAUUAUCAAUAUUGGGUCCAUUGCGGGUCGUGAGCCGUACCCGGGCGGGAGCAUCUACUGCGCGACGAAGGCUGCUGUCCGCAGCUUCACGGAUGCGCUGCGCAAAGAGAACGUUUCAAAUCGGAUCCGCGUCAUGUGCGUGGAUCCGGGACAGGUAGAGACAGAGUUCAGUGUGGUACGAUUCUAUGGGGAUAAGGAGAAGGCGGAUGCGGUAUAUAAGGGUGUUGAUCCGCUUACGCCAGAGGAUAUCGCAGAAGUCAUUGUGUUUGCAGCUGGACGGCGCGAAAAUGUCGUUAUGGCGGACUCAUUGAUAUUUCCCAGCCAUCAAGCUUCACCAGCGCAUAUGCACCGAAAAUCAUAG